GCUGCUGCUGUUGCCGCUCCAGCCGCGGCUGCUGCCCGGGAGGUGAAGGGAGGUGAAGUGUGUUGUUGUGUCGGUGCUGCUGCCGCCGCCCGGAACGGAGUGGAGAGCCGAACGUCCGCGGGCUGGCGAGAGCGGCGAGUCAGCAGCUGCGUGGUUUCCUCAGGCCGGGUCCUGUCUGCGCUGCCGCAGGGAGGCCGCCCGGCCCAGCGAACCGAACCAAUGCUGGACCUGGAGGUGGUGCCUGAACGCUCUCUGGGGAACGAGCAAUGGGAAUUCACGCUCGGAAUGCCUCUGGCUCAGGCAGUAGCCAUUCUUCAGAAGCAUUGUCGCAUCAUCAAAAAUGUCCAGGUUCUCUACAGUGAGCAGUCUCCUCUAAGCCAUGACCUCAUCCUUAACCUGACUCAGGACGGGAUCAAACUACUGUUUGAUGCUUUCAAUCAGAGACUUAAGGUGAUUGAAGUUUAUGACUUGACAAAAGUAAAGUUAAAAUAUUGUGGAGUGCAUUUUAACUCUCAGGCCAUCGCUCCUACCAUUGAGCAAAUUGACCAGUCUUUUGGCGCAACCCAUCCUGGAGUGUACAACUCUGCUGAGCAGCUCUUCCACCUCAACUUCAGAGGACUCUCUUUCUCUUUCCAGUUAGACUCGUGGUCGGAGGCUCCCAAGUACGAGCCCAAUUUUGCCCAUGGUCUAGCUUCUCUUCAGAUACCCCAUGGAGCGACUGUAAAACGAAUGUACAUCUACAAUGGAAACAGCCUCCAGGAUACCAAGGCUCCUGUGAUGCCCCUGAGCUGUUUCCUGGGGAAUGUAUAUGCUGAAAGUGUAGAUGUUCUUCGAGAUGGAACUGGACCCUCAGGGUUGCGACUUCGCUUACUUGCUGCAGGUUGUGGACCCGGAGUAUUAGCAGAUGCCAAAAUGCGAGUAUUUGAACGCUCGGUGUAUUUUGGUGAUUCUUGCCAAGAUGUCCUUAGCAUGCUUGGCUCUCCACACAAGGUCUUCUAUAAAUCCGAAGACAAGAUGAAAAUUCACUCUCCUUCCCCUCAUAAACAAGUUCCAUCCAAGUGCAAUGACUACUUUUUUAACUAUUUCACUCUUGGAGUGGACAUCCUCUUUGAUGCAAAUACACACCAAGUGAAGAAGUUUGUCCUGCAUACCAAUUACCCUGGGCAUUACAAUUUUAACAUUUACCACCGCUGUGAGUUCAAGAUCCCACUAGCCGUAAAGAAAGAAAAUGCAGGUGGUCAGACUGAAACAUGCACAACCUACAGCAAGUGGGACAACAUCCAGGAGCUUCUGGGCCAUCCUGUGGAGAAGCCUGUUGUCUUGCACAGGUCCUCAUCCCCAAACAACACCAACCCAUUUGGCUCCACAUUUUGCUUUGGUCUUCAGCGGAUGAUCUUUGAGGUCAUGCAGAACAACCACAUUGCCUCAGUGACCCUGUAUGGCCCCCCUAGGCCUGGUGCCCAUCUGAGAACAGCAGAGCUGCCCUGAGGACAUCAGUACCCAUUCCCCUCUGUCCAUGGAACUGUGCAUCACAUCCAGCUCAGUGGGUCUCUGUGCCACCCUGCGUGUUUUCUUGGGCACCUUGGCAGUGUUGAAGGGCUCUGGGAUUCGGAAGGGUUCAGAAGUAGGAUUCGAGCUGAGUCUUCUACCUUGGGAUAGAGAACCCAGAUAUUCCUCUGUCCAAAGCCUGCUGUUGCCAGCAGAGAACACAGUCUGCAAAGAGAAGCACAAACUUUGGGCCUUGAUACCUGGACCCAGGGCCUCUCAACUAACGUAAUGAAGGACAUGUCAGCCCCUGUCCUGCACACGUAGGGAAGAUGGGCUCUUUCUCUGGCUAAGAAAAUAGGUGUCUAGGAUGAGAUCAGGGUCCUGCUUUUGGCCCGACAUUGCCAUGUGGCCCUUAAGGUGAGCAGAGCAGGUAGCAUGUCCAUAGUACUUGGUUGCAAUAUUUGCACUACAUCCACUUUAGUUACUUGAUGAGCUGGCUGUGGCUGGUGUGGCCCACAUGCCCUUUUCUGUUUCUUUUGUGCACGUGCUCCCUGCCAUGCCCAGGUGGCACAUCUGAGUGGUUGAAAUACAAUUUUGUACCAGGUAUGAACCCAGGUAUGGUUCCCACUGCUGCUCUGGGAGCCAGCCCUCAAGGUCACCUGUGUCUCUUGGUCCAGCCUGGCUGACAGGGCUGCAUGUUUCCAUCUUGUUUGCCUCUUUUAUUUAAUGCCAAAGUGUUAGCCAAAGACACCUUCCUCCUUCUGUUACAGCAUUCUGUUGUGCACUGUGGGCCAGCUCCCUGCCCCACUUGUGGGCACUGGCCUGGCCACUUGAUUUGAGGCCUAGGGGCUCAAAGAAGAUUGGGCUGCUGCGUUUCUUACAUGGGUCUUGCUAAUGGAAAGUCGCAUAUAUGUGCUUUAAAUAUUAAUCCUUUUGAAAAGAAUUGAGAAGAGAAACGUAUAAUUUUAUCCCAUUUUUAAUAUUUUGGUCUAGCAACUUGUGAUACAUAGAUGACAAUUUUGUGAGUUUUUCAAAUGUGUGUACAGAUUUUUGUAAAUAAUGACUUUUGUAAUUAACUCAUGUACAGCCUCAUCUUGUAUAGUUCAUAAUGAAUGUGCAGGGGACCUGCCCCAGCUGUCUGUAUGGUUCCUGGGCCUACAGCCAGGCCUGUGUGGCACUCCCAUGACUCUGAUUGACAGGUGUCUUCCCAUUUGGACCUUGAUCUGGCCAGAGACCCUGCACAUCCCACUGUCAGGGUAGCCAGGACUGUUCCCAUCCUCUUGAACAGAGGAAACUUCCUCAUCCCCUUUCCAAUAAAGCACCUAUGCCCUCAGUGACAGCUUGCUGUGUGCUGCUGCCUGAGGUGUUUGUACUGAAAUGUGAA